AAAUUGUUUCUCUACGGAUAGAGCAUUUGCUGUGCUUCAUUCCAAUACUCAAGCCUCCAUCAUACCUUUCUGACCUUGCCUUGACGCUGGGUUUCACAAAUUGUCAUUCACUGACCGCUAUCUGAGUGCUGCGACGGCAACGCAGAUCUCAAAGCUCCAGAUCAACACUGCUAACAUUGGGCACGAAGGGCCACUUUUCUAAGUCCUGGCCGGUUGCACGUUCUAAUCUAAUAAACGUAUCGCAACUGCAUAGUGCCUUAAAUAUUCCUUCGUCUAGGUCUAAUCGUGCUGUUCCCAGCCCAACGGUCCUACAGAUAGCCUGCGUUGGCGCCUGAUAACGUGUACCGUCCAGAUGGUUUCCUUUUCCUGUGAGGGGUGUGGUGAUGUUCUCACCAAGAAGAAGCUCGACCCCCAUCGCAAUCGCUGCAGGGGCGCAUCAUUCACCUGCAUUGAUUGCAUGACCCAUUUUCAAGGGACGCAGUACAGGUCGCAUACGGUAUGAAUUGGUUUUCGGUUUUCUUUUUCUCUCUGGUACUUGGUCAUUCGGGCGAUAGUAAUGUGAGCUGUCUGGGCAAUUGAUGACUCGAACAGUCUGGCUAUGUCUACACUGUUGCCUGUGAGAUGCUUUGGAUGGAGAAUGAUCGUGGAUGUUGCCAUUGAAUUAUGCUUUUGUUGGUCAUUCUUUCGUGGUUUGGACCCGAAUGUUUUGCGACUGGACGAAGACUAACAAUGGCGGCCCGUUCAACCGGGCUUGUUUUUAAUCCCUGUAGUCAUGUAUGACCGAAGCGCAAAAGUACGAAGGGGCGUUAUAUAAAGAGAAGCCAUCCAAGAACCAGCGUAAAGGCAAGGAUGAUUCCAAGCAGAACCCGAACACCGUCUCCAACAACGCUGCUCAGCAACAGCCGCGGCCUGCCAAAGACGCUCCUAAUGCAGUUGAUUCUCAAAGCAACGCCCCUCCGCCUGGGAACACCGGGGAAAAUGGUCAACUGCCGGUUAACGUGUUCGACUAUCUCGUUACUGGGGACACCCCGAACGCGUCUCGAGUAUCACUUUCUAGCGCUAAGGAACCGAUGAAAAUGGUGGACGAUGCACCUUCUUUGUUUGGGGCUAGCAAGGCUCUCGCCCAAGCAGGGAACGAGGGCGAUGAUGAAGAGAGGCUUGACGAUAACGACUACCAGGAGAAUGGCUACACAUACGGCACAGGCCCCGUUAAACAGUCAACGUACUCGAAGACGUCCAAUGUCUCAACGGAAUUUUUGACUCCAGCGCCCAAGGAGAAGAAGAGUCAUACCAGAAUGAAGGGGAAAGAGGAUAAUCACAAGGCAGAGGGUCUUACCAGCGACAAGAAACGAAAGCGCAAUGUGGAAGAUGUUGACAUGGGUGGAACAGACUCUCGAUAUGAGGAAGACGCUUCCAUGAUGGAUGCGCCCUCUAGCGUCGUGAAUAAUCCAGGAACGCCAGUCCUCCAUUCUGGACUUACAGGUGGAUUGGAGCGCAUACUCAGAAUACCUUCGCCGGGCGGCGGAGAUGAGACUAAUGGCGCACACCACCGAGAUACCUCAUCCCCCAUCAAACGCAGCCGUCGCAGUGAUAAAGAGAAAAACCGUGCGGAACGCAUUGUGUCGACUGUAUUUGGCCUACCUGGGUCCCGGAACGAGGUUACCUCCAAGGCACUGAUACGCAGUCGUCGAAGCUCCGCCGACGCCAACGAGGGCCGGAAACUCAAGAAGUCACAUCGCAGCCACCAUGAUAACGCCGAAGGCGGUAAAACUUCCCGGAAAUCCAGCGAAGGGGAUCGUUCAUCCCGUCGGUCUAAGCAACUCGAGUACCCGCGCGACUCUGACGCCCAUGACGGUGAAAUGAUCCUUUAUCAUCACCCCAAUGUCGACGAGGAGCAGCAGUACCAACUGGCCAGCGAAUUUCUGUCACUGGUGACCAAGGGGCCGGAGAGUGGACGGGGUAUGUCCGUCCAUAAGACCUUGAAGAGACUCCAUGCCCGGCAGAGUCAGGAUGUGGACCGCGAGCGACAAUUCGAAGAAGAUAGGCAGAUGUGGCGCGCCUUGAGGUUGAAGCGGAAUGAACGGGGUGAAGUUGUCCUUUUUCUGUAGGGGUGUUUUUAGAGCUUGUUCUUAUAUGUUUGUGGGGAGCUAGGGUUUGUUGCUCUGUUUUAUUGUUUUCUUUUCUCUGGUCUUCUUAUUCUGAUAUUUGCAUAGCGAUAUUUGUUCGGUAGGAAUAUUGAGCUGUGUGUUUUGCAAGGGUCUACGUCUUUUUUGAGUGAUAUAUUAUGACUUUCUAUAACUUGAUCCCAUAGCUUAGUAUCGUAAUUG